AUGCUAUUUGUUUUAGUACAGUUGUUAGAUGUCAGUAUUCUACCUAGUCGUCUCAUGUUCAUUGGUACACGUUCAGUUGUUGCCUCAUCCUGUGUGAUCAUUUUUUCUAAAGAAAUGAAAUUCAGUCCAUCAAUGAAACCAACGUCCAGGUGGCUCUCUAACACCAACUUUAUGAAUACGCACAUCACUUCAUCAUUCAGCCACGUUUCUUCAUUGAGUGUAUCAAGUGAAUUUGAAUCACAUUUGUAUUUCUUGAAUCCAGCAAUUACCUUUUUGUCUUUUUUGAUUUGA